AUUUGUUCGCCCGUCAGAAAAGUAUAAAAAGGCUGACGAUCACCACUGUCGUCCUCUCUUAGACUUGACACGUGCGUUGUACAGUGCUCAAUAUCUACAAUGGCCCAGAAACCACCAUACAAAGUCGCCGACAUCGGCCAGGCGGAGAUGGGGCGUAAAGCUCUCGACAUCGCGGAGAACGAGAUGCCAGGGCUGAUGAUGAUGAGGAAGGUGUAUGGACCAAAGAAGCCCCUAGCGGGGGCCCGCAUCGCUGGCUGUCUCCACAUGACCGUGCAGACCGCAGUCCUCAUUGAAACACUGGAGGUUCUUGGAGCUAAGGUCCAGUGGUCAAGCUGCAACAUCUUCUCUACACAAGACUUUGCAGCUGCUGCCAUCGCUAAGACCGGCGUCCCCGUGUACGCAUGGAAGGGGGAGACAGACGAAGAAUACGUGUGGUGCAUUGAACAAACUCUGGUUUUCCCUGAUGGUAAACCCCUCAACAUGAUCCUGGAUGAUGGUGGUGACCUCACAAAUCUCGUACACGAGAAAUACCCACAGUAUCUUAAAGGCAUCAGGGGUUUGUCCGAGGAAACCACAACCGGAGUCCACAACCUGUACAAGAUGAUGGCAGAUGGACGCCUCAAAUGCCCAGCCAUAAACGUUAAUGACUCCGUUACCAAGAGCAAGUUCGACAACUUGUACGGUUGCCGUGAGUCACUCGUUGAUGGAAUCAAGAGAGCCACGGAUGUGAUGUUGGCAGGGAAGGUUGCCUGCGUAGCUGGGUAUGGGGAUGUCGGCAAGGGAUGUGCCCAGGCUCUCCGUGCCUUCGGGGCACGUGUGAUGGUCACUGAGGUUGAUCCCAUCAACGCAUUGCAGGCAGCCAUGGAAGGUUUCCAGGUAACAACGAUAGAGGAAGCUGUCAAACAAGCCCGCAUCUUUGUGACGGCCACCGGGUGCAAGGGCAUCAUUCGACCCAACGACUUUGACAACAUGCUGGAGGACACCAUCGUGUGCAACAUUGGCCACUUUGACUGUGAAAUUGAUGUGAAAUAUCUGAACGAAAACUGUGCCAAGAAAGAAGAAGUCAAACCUCAGGUUGACAGGUAUGAAAUGAAGAGUGGCCGUCACAUCAUCUUGCUGGCAGAAGGUCGUCUGGUGAACCUGGGUUGUGCCCACGGGCAUCCCAGCUUUGUCAUGAGCAACUCAUUCACCAACCAGGUGUUGGCGCAGAUCGAACUGUGGUCCAAGGCAGACAACUACAAGGUCGGAGUCUUCAUGCUGCCCAAGAAGCUGGAUGAAGAAGUGGCUGCAGCCCACUUGGAGCACCUUGGGGUCAAGCUGACCAAGUUGACCGAUGACCAGGCCUCAUAUCUCGGCAUUCCAUCCACGGGACCCUACAAGCCUGAUCACUACAGAUACUAGUGCAACAUAUCACCACUUCCAGAGCUCACUCACCAUCAGAUACCCUCACAACACACAUCCUGCAGUCCUCGAAUCUCAUGGCGGCUGACAUUGUGAAAGCCACGACUGUUGAGAUUUGAAGAGUUCAUUCAUCACUUACAACGUAGUGUUGCUGACAUGAAUCUAUAAAGGGUUCUGUUUUAUACUGUAGGGGGGUAAACUCAUCUUCCUGCGCUGUGCAGGUGAAAGGGACCGUUGUUUGAGGAUUCUCAAAAUACAAAUUUAAGUAUAGCAAUAUUGUGCUGAAUUUUUAUUAAGCAGAUUGUUGAUUCUUUUUGUGCUUAGCUUCUUGUUUUUCAAUAUUGUUGAUUUAAUUUGGAUAUCUUCAACAUUCAUGAUUGCUCUGCAAUGUUUGUAUGGCAUCUCAUCUUUUUUUGUUACCAUUGUUGUCAUGGUGAUGACAGUGUACAGACAUAUAUGCAAUAAAAACUGAAAAUAUCAAG